AUGAAGACUGCCACUAUCGCCACAGCGGCUGCGCUGCUUGGCUCGGCUUCGGCCGGAGUUCACAAGCUGAAGCUCCAGAAGGUGCCUCUGUCGGACCAGUUGAAAGCCUCCAACAUCGGUGAUCAUGCCCGAGCCCUCACCCAGAAGUACAUGGGUGCCUAUGCUCCUCAGCACGUUGAUAACAUGAUCAACACCGGUCAAAUCAAUCCUGAGAGCGCCCAUCCCGUCCCUGUUGAGAACUUCAUGAACGCUCAAUACUUUUCCACCAUCGCCGUCGGAACUCCUCCCCAAGAAUUCAAGGUCAUCCUUGACACUGGCAGCUCCAACCUAUGGGUCCCAUCAGCCGAGUGCACAUCCAUCGCCUGCUACCUCCACAACAAGUACAGCCAUGAUGAUUCUUCCACUUACAAGAAGAACGGCUCCUCGUUCGAGAUCCGCUACGGCUCUGGGAGCUUGAGCGGAUACGUCUCCGAGGACACCUUCCAAAUCGGUGACCUGAAGGUCAAGAACCAGCUUUUCGCUGAGGCCACCUCUGAGCCAGGUCUUGCCUUCGCCUUCGGCCGCUUUGACGGCAUCAUGGGUCUUGGUUAUGACACAAUUUCUGUCAACAAGAUCCCCCCACCAGUUUACAAGAUGAUCGAGAACAAGCAACUCGACGAGCCACUUUUCGCCUUCUACCUCUCCAGCAGCGAGAAUGGCGACGAGUCAGAGGCUACGUUUGGUGGCGUCGACAAGAGCCACUACACUGGCGAAGUGACCAAGAUUCCUCUCCGCCGCAAGGCUUACUGGGAGGUCGACCUUGACGCUAUCACUUUUGGUGACACCACUGCUGAGAUUGAUGACACUGGUGUUAUAUUGGACACUGGCACUUCCCUCAUUGCACUUCCUUCUACUAUGGCUGAGCUUCUCAACAAGGAGAUUGGCGCAAAGAAGUCCUUCAACGGCCAGUACACCAUCGAGUGCAAUAAGCGCGACAGCCUUCCCGACUUGACUUUCACCCUCACCGGCCACAACUUCACCAUCACCGCUUACGACUACAUUCUUGAGGUCCAGGGCUCUUGUAUUUCAUCUUUCAUGGGUAUGGAUAUCCCGGAACCUGCUGGUCCUCUUGCCAUUCUUGGUGAUUCUUUCCUUCGCAAGUGGUACUCCAUCUACGACCUCGGCUCUAACAGCGUUGGUCUCGCCAAGGCGAAGUAA